CAUAAAUCAAAUCCAUAUUAUUCCUUGUAUAAUAAUGUGUAUAUAUAGCCAUCAAACCUCCACUCAUUCCCACAACUACUACGCAGCUAUACAUACACAAUACACCUCAUCUUCUUCAUCAUCAUCAAGAACCUCCACUUCUUAAUUACUUCAUUAUCUAAAAAUACAUAUAUAUCUCCUCAUCCUCAUCCUCAUCGAUCUAUAUAUCUGAAUCUACGCAAUUACUUGCUCGAGCUGAGAUCAGAAAAGGAAAUGGGGAUUAGCAGGAAAUCGAAGAAGCUGACAUCCCAAACCGCAAUGAUAAAGCAGAUUCUGAAGAAACUGGGGAAGAGAGACGGGUACGAUGAAGAAGGGCUUCCGAUGGAUGUCCCAAAGGGACAUUUCGCGGUCUACGUUGGAGAGAACCGGACGAGGUACAUUGUUCCCAUCUCCUUCUUGGGCCAGCCCGAGUUCCAGAUCCUCCUUCAACGGGCCGAGGAAGAGUUCGGGUUUGACCACGACAUGGGGUUGACCAUUCCUUGCGACGAAUACGUCUUCGAAAGUCUUACUUCCGCUCUCAUCAUUAGGUAGUUUAAUUAGUUUAAUUGAUUGAUUAAUUGCCUAAGCUGAGACGGUUAGCCACAUCAGCAGCCAGCUGGCUUAGAAGCGGCAUGAGCAUGGAUGAAGUAUAGAAGGUCCAGCUGUACGUACAAGCACUUACAGCACCGUACGCCGUCGAGAUUUAUUAAUUAUGGCUAGAGAGGGCUUUAUUGUGAUCUAACUUAAUUAAAGCGGGUCGGGUCGGGUCGGAGAAGGAUGGAUUAAUGGAGAUUACUAUGGUCUUUGAUUGAUUAAUUGUUGCAAAUUAAAGCUUAGAAUCUCCUUGCAGUGGUGGGUGGUUGUAACUAUAUGUGCCCUGCUAGGGCCGAUUGAGCGGGAGAUUAUUUAAUCGUUGGAAUUGUGUAUUUUAUAAAGUCUAAUAAAAUUGAAUUCUAGUUUAGUUUUUGUGGUGGAGUUUGUUGAUAAAUUAAAUAUUGUUGGGUGUUACGGUUGUACCUUUUCGUUUUAAUUGAUGGUCUUGACUGGUCGAUUUCAAUUACAUUAAAUGAACUUCAAUGUCUUAU